AUGAUCAUGGAGCACUCUCAGGUGACUACAAUGGGAGACCAGCGCAAAAAUUCAAGUUCAAGUAGGAACUCCCUGGUAGCUGCUGUCAAUAACGGGAAAUAUAUUAGCAAGAGAAAUCCAAAAGCAGGAUCACAGAAUGCUCCUUGGGAUAUCUUUUCUCUAAGCCAUAGUCGAAGUGGUGGUAGAGGUGCAGUUGGCCAUGUUGGCUUGUUUUUGCUCAAAGUUGCGGCAUUGGAGGCUGUACGAAGGGUCUCAAGGUCCAAGUGUCCUCCUGUAUGGCGUGGUGUUCAGGCAUUGCAGUUUCUUUGCUACCCACCAUUCAAGUGGAUUCAGAGAUGGGCACCGUUCAAGGGUUUGGUUCAAGGCGUGCAGAUGAUAUCAAGACCGCUGCUGGUCCUUUCAGUUGCAACAGCAUUGUCUGAAGAAUUAAGUAGCUGUAAUGAACCUGAGGAUAAUAAUGAUGAUUCUCAUGCAUAUGUGGAAGCAUCUCCAGAGCCACCUUCUAGUCAUUCAGUGCCUGAUGCAAGUGAUAGCAAUGCUCUCAUUGUAGCACCAGAAAAUUGGAUGUUGGAACUACACAGAGAGCUAGAAAUUCAAGGGAUCACAUUACCAGAAAGAAUAAAUGAAGAUGAGAUACGCAGAUUUUAUACUGCAGCAGAUGGAAACUUCCAGAGCUUUUUGUUAUCAAUUAAGAAAACAAUACGCUGGAGAGAAACUUACAGAAUCCUUUCGGAACAUGAGCUUCAAACGUGGUCAAAUGUGGUGUUCUGGCAUGGAUAUGACCUGGAGAAUCAACCUUGCCUUAUUGUACGGCUUGGACUAGCUUGCACAAACUUGCAAAGCCAAGAUAGGCCUCGAUUUGUUCAAGCAGUCAUAUCUCAGGUAGAACAUGGAAUCCUUCAUUUGGUCAACAAAGAUAGUCCUCAAGUUAUGGUUAUUGUGGAUUGUGCUGGGAUAACUCCUCUGCGAAUUCCCAUGCAAAUGGUGAGAUCUUGUUCUUCAUAUCUGCAACAUAACUUCCCCAACCGCCUUGGACGCUUGCUCAUCAUAAGACUCCCUCCAGUUGCUCGUGUUAUUGCCCAAACCUUUCUUCAGGUACUAAAACCGGUUACUAAGAAGAAGCUGAGAGUUGAAGGGAAGAUGUAUCAGAGGGUCCUCUCCGAGUAUCUCCAGACCGUCCCAGCUUAUCUUGGUGGCAGCUGUACUUGCCAGAAAUGCCUGGACACGACUGGCAAUCAGGCCGUGCAUCGGCUAGCAAAUGAGAUGAACAAGAGAGUUCUCGAUGGAUACAUGACCACUGGUGAAGAUCAGGGUUCAUUGCUUCUCACGUCUCAGGUUGAUGGUACGCCGAACGGUGAGUGGGACCACCUGCUGAGGACUGCUGUGAUUGGCAUUCUCAUGGCGUGGAUCUUCGUGGCUUUGGCUGUUGGGUUAUAUGAUCCUGAAAGUCGUCCAUUUUAG